AAAUACGCCCUCUCCCACGGCCAGCCCAUCAACUCCGUCAUCGACGGCGUCCUCCCGCUCCAUGCGGCGUGCUCAGGCGGCAACGAGCUCGUCGUGAAGUUGUUGAUUGAGGCGGGGGCGGACGUUAAUGCGCCUAGACUCCCCCGUCGCUACUCCCCCUCCACCCCCUCCUCCUCCUCCCACCACCACCACCACCACCAUUCUCACUCCCACUCCCACCCCCACCCCCACUCGCACUCCCACCCGAUCGUCGGUUCCUCAGGGUCAACGCCGCUCCAUUUCGCCGCCGCUAAUGGGCAUACGAACGUUGUGUUGUUGUUGUUGCUUCAUGGCGCGAGGGCGGAUAGGGCGGAUAAACAUGGGGUUACGGCGGAGAUGGUGGCGAGGCAGGGGGGGUGGGUUGGGUGGUGA